AAAUGAUCUUUGAACUAAUUCUGCUAUAUGUCAUGACUUAUAGAUAAUUAGUUUACUGCCUAUUUUUCAGAUGAUAUAUGAGCAGUUUUAUAGCUUGAAAUCUGCUGCAGACCAAGGCAGUUUCUUCCAGCUGAGAAAUGUAGUCAGGCGAGUUGAUGUACAAGGAAAAGAUGGUAUAACAAGUUCAUAUAGGUCACACAUGAACUUUAUGAAAGACUGUUUGGCAUCUUUUGUGUUGGGGUCCUGUUUGGACAUGUUCGGAACAGAUUCGCUAGAUGGUUGCCCUACAAAAUUCCAUAUCCCACUCUUUCUUCACUUGUCUUCUCCUGAAGACCAGUAUGCAUGGCUAAAGCAACUAGGAGAACAACUCGUUCAGAAAUACGUGAAGCUAGAUGAAGAACACAUUUUGACAACUACCUUGACAGAAAGGACAUCAGAGAUGGACGGCCAGGAACUGCUGAUCGCUGAAAUGUACAAUUCUGACCGGAGUCAAUUUGUAUGCACAUGUUCAAAAAUGUAUAAGACAAAGGGGCACUUCAGAAGACACCUGAAGGAAAAACAUGGUUGGAAAUUGUCAAAACAAGAAGAAACAACGUCAGAAGUGGAUCAUAUUGCAGUUUGAAGAUCUUCUUUCAUGAAACUAACAUUGCUUUUACUAGACACUGAAGAUGCAUACAAAUAUGGAGAUGGAGACCGUAUAUUUAGAAAUGCAAAGUUUGAAAUGCUUUGUGCAGAUGUUGCUCAUCAUACAAAGUAUCGUUUGUGGUUAUGGCGAAUGCAAGCCUAUGAAUGUGCCAUUUUAGGUGAAAGAGAUGCAAUGGAAUAUAAAUGAAAUUGCACUGCCAACACUCAUGGUGGGAAGGGAAAAAAUAUUCCAAAUGAUAAUUUGGUGGAAACUCUGGUGCAACGAAUCAAGAAAAAAAUAAGAGAACAUGGAUCCAAUGUUACACAUGAAAGUGCAGGGAAAAUAGCACUUGCCACCCAAAUCCAGGAGGACCUGAAAAAUAACAUUGCAAGUCAGUUUUCUGUGAAAGUAUCGCGAUCAAAGCCUGCUGUAAACAAAGACACAGAACUUGAAACUUUGAUCACAGAGUUGAAAAAUGGGAAAAUCUUUCAUUACAUUCCAGGCAGAGAUUUCCAUGCUUUCAAACGUUAUGAAGAUAUCUUUUCCAGAGUCAAAAUGGAAAAUACACAAGUGGAUUUCUGACCAGAAAGUUCGGUCUAAUUAUGAAAUGUUUUAACAUUUUGACAUUGAAUGUAAUUCUUUCAUUACCUAGUAGUCCAAGCUGUUUACCUGCAUUUCCUGUACUUACAGAAUGUAUCAAUCUUUUCUAAUUGUUUUUACCUUUGGGUAGUAGGUUUUCUUUCAUAAAUUUACAUUUAAUAUCCAUGCAAGGUUUGUCAACACUGAUGCUAAUACAUUUUGUAUGUUUAAGAUACAUUUAUUCAUGGAUCCUUAUAAAAAGCAAUUAGUAAUAUUGUGAUUUACAUCCAUGUAUGCUGUAAUUUGGUGUGUACAUAUUCCACUUAGUUUAGUUUCCUUUUCGGCAUGAGCAUUGUGCAUAAAAUAUAAUUUUGAUUUUGGUAAACAGUAUCCGGAUAAACUUGAACAUGUUAUUCUACAACUUACAAGUCAGAACAUUGGGUAAAUGAAUCAACAAAUUCUGCAGAACACAUUUUGGCCAAGGGUAAAUGGGAAAGCCUCUGAUGUACACAUAUGGUACACACUUUUUAAAAAUUAAAGUAAAAAUUAUUUGCAUUUUAUCUUUUUUAGUCAUUGUAUACCAAAUAGCUUAAAAAUGCAUUUUUGCUGCAUUGUAUCCUAUUUUAAAUAUUGUACACUGCAUCUUUUUUUUUCACUUACGAGGAAGUACUUUGACAUUAUUUAUAUUCAAGAUGAAAACCUGGCCUCAUAUCAUACUUCAUAUCUUUAAAAACCAAAAUUUUCUGUAUUUACAU